UUGGCUCUAGGCAACGCUCUCUAGCAGCUGUAACCGACUCGUAAAUGUGUAAAACAAGUGUAAAUGUUUAGUCAAUUGUCUGAGAAGUACACGUAUAUUUGUCAUGUCAAUACAACAAACAGAUUUAUUGCGAAGUGCGCGCCUCGUUUUGAUUGCCUGCGCUCUGUGACUCCGCGCGUUCGAACACUCGCCGGCGUCUUCGCACUCGGAAGCACGCGCUGAAAGUGCUUCGCUAGUGACUCUGAGGCCGCUGUGAAUAAUAAGACAGCGUGGAAACGACACACGAACGGCCCAUGAUUCUGCCAGGACGUCGGUCAUCGCGCACAGAUGGAGACGAGUCGAGGUGGUUUUGCACGGCUGAGAACAACGCCGAGGCGUCAACAAUUUACGCAGCCGCAAAGCAGCAUUAGCUCGCCGCAGCCUUCGGCCACUUCAGCCGAGCAUCCCUGGACAACAAGCGACGUUGACCAGCUCGUGGAACUAGUCUCGGCCCGCGCCUCCGUGCUACUGGGCUCGGUGGACGGCACUUCGAAGCGCGUAGCUUGGGAAGAAGUGUCUCAGCGGCUCAAGAGGACCGACGACGAAGUCCUGCGCAAGUGGACAGGCAUCGUCGCCGAUCUGCGCCAGGGCAAGCGUUCGACGCCGUUCAAGCCGUACGAAUUAGCCGCGUUGAAAGCGCUUGGCUCUGCAGAGCGUACCGGCGAGCGCUCGCGCCCGCCGAUUUCGCAAGCGUCGCAGGAGCCUCUACAACUCCAAAUCGUCCCUACAAGUGUGCGAUCUAUCACUACCGACACUUUCCUGCACCAGGAGAAUACUACAUGUCGGUCACUGACGCCUACAAUGACGUCCUUGAGCUCCUCGGUCGGCGGCAGCACGCCAGCGGCCGGUCUGACCAUCGUAGCGUUGAAUCGCGAAGUGUCCAUCACACCCGUGAAGCCACCUCGGCCGCCACCAAGCAGCACGCGGGAUUCGUCGGAAGAGCUGCAGUUGGUGCGCUUCUGCAAUUCGGUGCACACACAGACACCACCGGAGCAUGACGAGCCUAGUGCCAAGAAAGCACGCCAUGGCUCUCAGGCUGACGCGACCAGCCUACUGCAGAGGCUGGUGUAUCUGGAGGAACGUCGAGUUGCACUGCAGCAAGAACAGCUGUCCGUCGACCGUGAAAAAGUGAAGUGUGUGCGUGAUCUGUUGGCUGUCCUUGGCAAGAAUGACAAAACAACGCCUGUGCCAAAUGGAGACGUGGUGGCCGCUGUAGUGUCAUCAGCAUUGUAGACUGAUUGGCCUGGUCAGUGCUGUGUGCACUUUGACCAAGUUGUACAUGGUUCUGAGCCAUCAGUGCAUUGCAAUAUCAUAUCAGUGAAUUUAGGGGGUAUGCUGGCUCAGGCACAGAAGUUUGUACACCAUGUGAGCAUCAACCAAGCUGCAUUGUUGUGAUUCUGGUUUCAAGGGGGAGGGCUUCACACAUCAAUUUCAUUCUAGCAGAGAUAGUCAUUUGAGAGGGCUCAACCAGCAUGUUUUGCUUCACCAGGCCUCAGUCACAGAGAAGAAAACAAAAAAUGUUAUUUAGCUCAGGAAAGUCAAGCAAGAAGUGCUGUCAAACAAGUAGCAUGCAUUCCAAUGUGGGCAAACUUCCUUGCUUAGCAUGACAAUGUGCCGCAUGUACUGUUGUUGGGGAGUCCAUUUUGUGCUCUUGUGAGCACAAAAUGAUUGCCCCAAACUUAUUUCUGAAGACCUGACGACCAGAUAAUUCAGCAGAGCAUGUUGUGUCGUUGAGCAGAAUAAGGGCGGAAAGACAAAGAGGACAGACACUCUGUCCUGUCCACUCUGUCCUGUCCACAUCAUUUCUGCUUUUAUUUCGCCCAGUGACACAACUUAAUGCACCAACUGGCCCGACAGUCAAUGAUUCUGCAGCAGAGCAGUUUGGCUUACACUCAACAUUGUCCGCAAACUUUUGUCCCUUAUCGUACUUAUUGUACAUAGACACACCAGGGCCAUGACUGCUUUUAAAAUCAGGGAACCAUGGUCUUUAUUUUUAACGAAUAUAGUACAGUGAUUGGCAUCCUUGGCUGCUUUUGACUGUUUUGUCUAAAGUGGUGUGUGCAGCUACUUUCACUGUGGUUGUCUUCUGGUAGCACCACGUGGCACUAGCUGUGAAGACAUAGAGGAUGGGCUUUGUACUAUAACUGCUGUUGAUAGUACAACUGCUAGUUUCAGCCAAACACCGAUCAUCAUUACACAGGUGUAAAGCUCGGCAGUUCUCGUCAUUAUCUUGUAACUGAGGUUCCAAUGGCAUUGCUGUUUUCUGUGUGAGCACUCUUGCUUUGUUUCUACUGGUUCAGCAAAAUCAGUUGCAUUGGUAAAGCACCACAAACUGUUGCACAGGAGUUGAGCUAAAAAGAUUGAUGUUUGGAAACCUUAAUGGCAUUGACAUUUUAUGUUUUUGCCCAAGCAUGCGCUCACUUUGUGCUUAGUGCUCACUUGUGAAUGUUGGCCACAUGACUGUGCUGCCUUCAGCAAAGUUCAUGUGUGUAGUAUUGGCUUGAACGACACAUGGUAAAUUUUCACAAAUUAGCUGCUUUACAAACAUUUAUCUGUGAGUGUUUUAUAGAGAAGUUUGCUUGAAUGACGAAUUUAUUUCUUGAGGAGAAAGGCUUGCCAUUGGGUGAUGCAUCACAGCUGUUUUCGGUUAAGCGAAGAUUGCAUAUGCAGUCAGUGAGCAAAGUCUAUAGUUUAUCACAGGAAUAAAAAUGGCUUGUUGAUAAGGGGGUGCUCCCAAUUUAAGUGUUUAGCCUCUACAUUUUUUAUUUGGCUGUCGAUGUCAGGACUGUUGUUAUGCUUUGACCUGCUGCAGAACUAGAGAAGGAGAGAAGGAAACAAAAAGUUGGGAGUUAACCUGACACAUGACUGGUUUGAUACCCUACACGUGAGGAAACAUGUAAAGGGAUUCGCAAUACUGUAAAUGGCCAUAACAGUUUUAGCAAGCAAUUCAGUUUUUCUAGCUAUGUUUAUGUGAUACCACAUUCAUCCAACAAGAAUUCUUGGCUGCUAGCUGUGUGUUGAUCUGUAUUCAACAUGAACACUUUCUUUUACCCAAAUCAUUCUGCAUGCACAUAGAAUUCACACAGCCAAACUAGCAUUGUCAUCGUCUUCUGUGGGCAGAAGAAAAUUUUCAUCGGGCUUGUAUAGUCUUGAAGUAUGCUUUCAUAUGCCUACAGUAGAACACAUUAAGCAUCACAGCAUAGCAAGAAGUAGUCUGCAUGUCCAAGUGACUGUGAAAGGUCCCGUUUGGGUUGCUUGUAAGUUUCCAUAAUGUAAAUACUGCAUUCUUCUGGCCGCUGGUGCCCAUUUGUGAAUACAGCCUCUGGCAGUAAGCCUGUACAAAGCGCCCAUUUGUGAAUACAACCUCUGACAGUAUUGCCUGUACAAAGUAUAUUGUGAAUAUGUUGUACAUCAAAUGAAUGCCACACAUUCUCAAACUACAUAAAACAUGUUACAACAACUAGUCAGACCUGCUCUUAUCAAACUGAAAUAUCAGAGCACUGUGACAUUUAAUAGGCCCUACAUUCUGUGGUCUGUGACAUCAUUGCUGCAUGCCAUAAUGAAAAGUAGAACCAGAGUCCUUCGAUAACUUUUUCUCUGGUAACGAAACUUCAAUGUCAUUUUUUAUUUAAGGAACUGCACACUUAGUGGUAUUCACUUGAAUGCCCUGCUUCUUGUGCUGUUUCCUGCAACACUGCAGUAGAAAUGCUCACUCAACUCGCUUUCAUAUGCUUGCAAGUUAGUCUCCUCUAGCCAAUGGCUAAGUGCCCUCUAAACAAUGCUGCACCUCGUCCCUACUACUUUAGGCAGUGUAGUAAGCUUUCCCAUACAAGUUUUGUGACCAGAAAAAAUGUUAUCAAAGGACUCUGGUGCAACAUACUCUAUCUUGGUUCUCCUGCAGUCAUAAAAAUGGCAUGUUAGGCACUCCCCCUCUCCCCCCUUCAUUUUAUUACUCUCAUAGAUGCAUCCAUGGAAUCUCACUUUGCAAGACCUACUGUGUCUUUUCACUGCCACUGAGUUCAUUUAUUAUUAUUAACUAUGUGUGGCAUAUGUGCACUUGAUCCAGCUUAAUGCACCAGCUCCGACAGUGCAGGAAAUAGAUCGAUUGAGGAUGUGUGUACCAAAGACCAUGACGCUGCGCUCUUCAGAAGCGUACAGCUAAUCUUACUUGCAGCAACUCCUUUGAUUUCAUCCUUUCAUUUAACAUUUGUCUUCAUAAUGUUCUUUACUUUUUCCAUUCUUGCAUAUUUUGCUAUUUUACUGAGCAUUUUAUUUAAUCCUUGCUAUUUAAUCCCUGUACUAGUUGCAUUUUUUUUUUUUUGCACCACAAUAUGUAUUUGGUACUGCUUAGUUCAUACAUCAUGGGCCGAUAUGCAAUGGAGUGUCUGAUUUAGGUUGUGAAUCAGUGACUCCUUUUGUUUGUUCUUUGAAGCUAAAUCUCGAAUAUUGUUGAUAACAAAGACUGCUUAGCAGGAAGCAGCCAGUGGGGUUUGACUGGGCACAGCUGUUGCAAUCAUUUGAGAAAUGUUUGUUAGUUCCCAUUUAUAUUAAACUUGCUUUCUGGUGCCUCUCUGCCGACAUUUGUUGCCAUUUCAACUUGGUCAGUUGGUUACAAAACUGGCCAGAUGUGUUUUAAUGACUUUAUGGUUUCCUCUGCAUGGUCUGUGUUUUGCAUCUUCAUUUUUCUUAUUUAAAAUUUUCUAUCGUGUUAUAUGCAUGGUGCAACUAUGGAGGAUAGUGUGUUUAUACUUUUUAUUCCACUAAGGUGAGGCAAAUCGCAUUAUUUAUAUACGGUUUUAAUUCUGCAAGAUUCCUCUUCGGGAAAUUACAAGCUGCCUUGGUUAUCCAUUUUCAGCAGGAUGCUGAGCUUAUUGGUACAAUAUAUCAUAUACACACAGUAUAACAAUGCAAGCAACACAGGCCUAAAUGUUUGUGUUUGCAUUCCCUUUGACCUUAUUGCUAGCAUUGGUAGGAAUGCUAAAUGAAUGCAAAUAUUCUUUUUUUUUUGUUAGGUUCUGCAGAAUUGUUACCUUAAAAAAGAGAAACGUUAAGACUUCUGCGUAAAUUUUUUAAAAUUAUUAUUAUGCCAUGGUGGAGGUGUGCAGCAAGUUUGAGGGUAAACAUUCAGUAGAAGUUGACACUUGCCUAAGUUUAAGCAUUUUGAUUACAAACACGUUGAAACAAGACAUCUUAAAUAUAAAGUUUAAGGUUAUUAUUCAUGGCUAAUUAGCCCAUUUAGUGCCCAUGCGCUUGGCAAUAUUCACUCCAACUUUUCUGCUCAAUUUGCUUCAUAGCUAACUGUUCACAAAACUUGGCAAUAAAAAUUCUAGAAACAUAUUUGCGUAUGUAUGUGCGUACUUAUGCAACAAGCCUUUAUGUGUGUCCCAAGCCAAAUGUUGUUAGGUGUCUGGCAAAUCCGAUGCACUAGAUGUGCAACAUCUUUAUCAGCCAGCUAGUUAAAGAAAAAAACACGGCUUGCCUCAAUGCGCAAAUGAAAAGAAGCUCUUUGCAGUGUGCUAUGUGCGUUGACACAAUGACAGGACCAAGUUAGAUGGAGAAUAUAUUUUGGCAUACGAUAAUCUUGAAUAGUAACCAUCAUAUCCUGAAUAAUAUGUAACCAUCCCAUAUCUAUAAUAUGUAAACGCAUGCUCUAUUGACAGUUUAAUUUUUUUAAUUUUAUCUCUGUGGCCAUUGCUAUGUGACAUUUACCCUUUCACUGAAUGUGCACGUUGUGAAUGAUGUACCUGCAAAUAUGUAUUUUCCUAUAGUCGGGUACGACUGAAGAAGACAGGGGAGGCCCCGCCCAGAUGACCGAAGCGCAGCAGCCGAUUGCCUCCGCGACUAAAGAAAUAGUCCCGCUGACGCGACUCGCCCCAGCUUGAAGCGCGGGCUGCCAUGUUCUCCGUCGGCGGGGACACCGGCCGUCCGGUUCAUGACGCAAGUCUAUAGUGCGCGCCUAUUGGUGGAGGCCCGUAUGCAGCCGCCUUUGAGGGGGCAAAUGCCGCUGCCUUCUAAAGUUGUACCCGACUGUAACAUUUGUAGCAUGCUUAUUUUAGCGCGAUAGUGUUAAGGGCCCUGUGUCGCAGAAAAUCGGGCGUAGGUGUCGGCGUCCGUGGCGGAGAAAAUCAUCCCGAACCACUGCGACCGCGCAGGUCCUCUGCGUGGUGCAAGGUGUUAGUGAACAAAAAUUUAAUUUUUCACUGUGAAAUCCAUCAGAAAAAUUGUAAAAUACGACUUAACCACAACCUACAGACAUGGUGGCGUCGGACUGUUAUUUGAAGGUACGAGAAAACAUAAUUGUGUUACGAGGAAACUCAAACACGAACCCCUUUUACCAGCAUUUCUACCAUAUCAACAGGCGCGCGCUCGGGUAGGCUACUUGAGAAAAUCGUAUCCAGAUGGCGCUCGCAUCCUCGGCAGGUCAAAUUGGGACUUGGCCUGCCUAAUGCGUUUUGGACCCGCGCGCGCGUCGGGGCAAUAGCAAACAAUUAAUAAAAUCGUAAAAAAAGGUCCGAGCGCCUUCACAUUUUAAUAUAAGACGACUUAUAUUGCCCCUGGAAAAACGUCCUCCCGGCAAUGCAUUUCUGUUUAAAAGUGAAGCCGACUUUAAGGGGAUCGGUGUAAUCUUGGUCUUUGUAAGCUGGCUUUCCCACGUUCUGUGCUGCAGUGAAGCUUACUCAAAGAAAAAUACGGUGCGAAUGGGUUCUGAUAACGCUAUCGCGUUCCACUCUUAAAGGCGAAGCUUAAGCGUCCUCCAUUUUUUAACAUGAAUUUGACCGAGUUAAGAGAGAAAAGCACUCCGUAUGGUUUGCAAAAAAAGAA